AUGACGGCGGUGGACCAUCGCGGGCGUGGGCGUCGCACGAAUCGCGCCAUCACGGAUCUGACUGUGACACGCCCGCCGACCAUGGAGUCGAAGAGAGGCCAGUCUGGCAGCAGCAUCACGGUUCUGGCGAAUUACUUCCGAGUGCUGAAGAAGCCCGAGUGGAACAUCUACAAGUACCACGUGGACUUCGCGCCGCAGCUCGAGCAGCUGACGCACAAGAAGGCCAUCAUGCGACGCCACGUCUCAAAGCUGGGCUCCUUUCAGUUUGACGGCAACAUGAUUUACUCGCCAUUCAAGUUCGGCUCGGAUCCGCUGAUUAUCGUGGACAAGGAUGAAAAUGACGAGAUGAUUCAGAUCACCAUUCGCUUUGUGGGAACUCUCCUGUCCACGGACGGACAGUACACGCAUCUGCUGAAUCUCAUCAUGAGGGCCACAAUUGAGAGUUUGAACAUGCAGAGAGCUUAUGGACCGAAAGGCACCAAAUACUUCGAUGCUCUGCAGAAGAUCGACAUCAACACGCAGCAUCUGCAAGUGUGGCCAGGAUUCUGCACGGCCAUUCGCCAGCACGAACGCGACAUAAUGAUCUGCACAGAGUUAACACACAAAGUCAUCCGCAUGGAGAAUUGCUACAAUGUCAUGCAGCACUACGCGAGGGAUCAGCAGGCGGUGAAGAAGGAGUUGAUUGGCAAAGUCGUCGUGACGGAGUACAAUAAUUCGACGUAUCGCAUCGACGAUGUGGACUUUGCUCUGUCGCCGUCGUCGUCGUUUGUGAAGAAGAAUGGCGAGAGGACGACAUUUCUGCAGUACUUCCGUGAUCGCUACAACUGCAACAUUCGUGACACGCGUCAGCCGUUGCUUGUGUCGCGCGCCAAGGCAAAGGAUGUGCGCGCCGGGCGUCCGGAGGUGCUGAAUCUGGUGCCGGAGUUGUGUCGGCUCACGGGACUCACGGAGGAGAUGCGCACGAACUUCCGACUGAUGAGGGAUUUGGCGCAACACACGCGCAUCAAGCCGGACUUGCGCGUGAAGCGCUACCUUGAGCUGAAUCGGCGCAUUCACUGCGAGGACAAGGCUCGCGAGGUGAUGAAGAAGUGGGAGAUGGAUCUGGAUCGACAUCUGGUGGAGUUUCCGGCGCGUGUGCUGCCGACGGAGACAAUUUUCUUCGGGGACAGGCGCGAGGAGAGGCCCGUGAAUGCGGACUGGACGGGCGCAAUGACGAGGAAUAAGUUAUUCGAGACGGACAGAGUAUCGAAUUGGCACUGCAUCUGCACGAACAGGGAUUACAGCCAAGGAGUUGCACGACCUCGUGCCUAUAUGAGGAAUGUCAUCAAUAAAUUUGCUGGCAACAAAGCCAGCAAUAUAUUCCAUUCCAUCCACUCUUUGUUGCGAGAAUUUUGCUGUAUUAUCAAUAUAGUCGUGGUGGAUGGAAAUUGUUUCCCUAUCAGACGAAUGAUUGCUGGCGUCUUCAUUCUCUGCGGCAUCCAUCAUUGGCAUGGGAAAAAUGUCCUGUAUAUUAGCUGCUGCCAUCAUCAUAGUCAAGACACUGCUGAAGAUCCCAGCAGUAAUCUCAAAUUUAGCUGCAUAGCGCUGCAGAGAUCUAAUGCUGGGUUGAGGGAUGCGUAUCAGAUUCGUGAUGACGAUGUCGCCUCCUGUACGAGAACCCCAACAAACAACAAAAAUACAUACUCCUGCAUUGUGCAGAAGUUUGUGGGCUUCAUGCUGACGAGCGCGAGAAAUGUGGGCUUGAGUGUGGCCGACCCGAGGAUCAUCAGGAUUGACAAUCCGCGCGUGCAGGCGUACAUCAAUGCCAUAGAGCAGGCGUGUAAUGAUUCCACGCAGAUCAUCCUGUGUGUGGUGCCUAACCAGGAUGCCAACAGGUAUGGUGCCAUCAAGAAGAGGGCGUGCGUGGACAGGGCCGUGCCCACGCAGGCCGUGCUCACCAAGGUGCUGUCGAAUGAGAAGAUCCUGAAGAGUGUGUCGGCGAAGAUCAUGGUGCAGAUGAACUGCAAGCUGGGAAAUGUGCCGUGGACGGUGAAGAUUCCGGCCAGUGGCAUCAUGACGGUGGGCUUCGAUGUCACGUACGAUGUGAGGGACAAGAGGAAGUCCUACGGCGCACUGGUGGCCACGAUGGAUCUGAGACAGUGCAACUCAUACUUCAGCACGGUGUCUCAGCACACGCACGGUGAGGAGAUGAGCAAUUUCCUGGUGGUGAACAUGAUGAAGGCUCUAAAGCAGUAUCAGCACAUCCACCAAGAUCCACCCAAGAGGAUCAUCUUCUAUCGCGACGGCGUGGGCGAUGGCGAUGUCACGCACGUGAUGGACCACGAGGUGAGGAGGCUGUCGCUGGAUCUCAAGACAAUGUUUGGCGAAAGUGCGCCCAAGCUGACCUUCAUCAUUGUCACGAAGCGCAUCAACACACGUCUCUUCACGAAGGACAUGCGAGAUUUUGUCACGAAUGCGCCACCAGGAACUGUUGUCGAUGACGUGAUCACGCAGCCCGAGAGGUAUGAUUUCUUCAUUGUGUCACAGUGCACGAAGGAGGGCACCAUUGCGCCCACAUCCUACAACGUUGUCUUCGAUGAGUCGGGCUUCUCGCCCGACAAGAUCCAGAUUUGGACGUACAAAAUGACGCAUCUCUACUACAACUGGAGCGGGAACGUUAAAGUGCCCGCGGUUUGCCAAUACGCGCAGAAGCUGGCCUUCCUCGUUGGCCAGUACAUCAAUCAGGAGCCGACGCACUUACUGGAGCGGAACCUGUACUUUCUCUAGGGAUUUUCCCGACUUUCCAAGGGUUGAGAGUGAUCUUUCACCCCUCAAAUUCACCCAUUGCACUGUUUUUUAUUGCUAUAUUUUUUUCAAAAUGCUGUUGAUUUAGAGAAGACAUGUGUACAAUAAGUUGCCAGAGAUGUGGAGAAUUUCCACCAGAAUAUGUGCUGUAACUUUGUUCAUUAAAAUCCAUUAAAACAUUAAA